GGUAUUCGUUCAAUGCAAGACCAUGGUCCCAAGAAGCCUUUAGCACCAAAACGGAAGAAGCCAAAUCAACGAAAGAAAUUGCAUAAAAAACCAAGAGACAAUGAACAUUUAGCUGAUGUUCUCGAGUCAUAUGAUGAUAAUAAAUAAACGUAACUGUAAACAUCAUGAUGAAAUCUGUGAUGAAAAGUCAUAAUGUUAUGACUUUUCAAAUAAUUGCUAACUCGACAGUUUCCAGAUUAAUCAACUGAAACUGUCAAAACUUCUUUUUUAUUGUAAAUAUGUUUGUAGAAAUGAGAAAAUGGGCACAAUCUUCCAAUACAAUAUGUGUGUGUAUUUCUCUUAAUGCCAAAUGCUUUUAAGUUGGCACUGACUUGAAUGUUGUGAAGAUAACUGUAUGAUUGUUGGCAAACCAGUUGUGCAGGUUGAAGCAUUAAAUCACAAUCAGUACCUAGCUUUGCCAAAGCCUAGGUCUGGAAAUAAACAAAUUCUUAUUUUUUAUAUGAAUUGAUAUAUUAUAUAUUCAUUUUAUUGACUUAAAUUUAUAUGACCAUGAUUGGUGUUCUGAAUGGAAUAGCUGAUGAGGGGGAGAGAGUGAAUGUGGGUGAUUCUCUUCUUGAGCAUUUUAUUAAGGGUUCCCAUUUUGGGGAAAUCCAUCAAAACUGUAAUUUUGUUUAAUGUUAUGAAGUACUUCCAACUUUCCUGUAACAUUGUGUAGAUGUUAUUUUUGAAGAUCUCAUAAACUGCUCUGUCGUAGAUUUUUAAACUCCUUUACUCUGCACUCGUCUUUACAUUUCAUACCCGUUUUCUUUUUUUAUUUUUAGGGUUUUAUUUAAUUUAAAAUGCACUUUGCAUAAUAGUUUUUGGAAUUAAUGGAUAGAUUUUGGUACACAAGUUUAUUAAAUUAGUAUAAGUAGGUAAAAUUGUUCUGUGUCUUAUAGUAAGAAUUACCUGUAGUGUUACCCCAUUGUAAGAGAAUCUGAUAAUAAGAGGCAAUAUUGAUUGUCCCAAUAAAUAAAUAAUGAGCAUAUUCUUCCUGCCAAGAAGAGACUUGAUUACAAGAGCCUGUAGUUGACAAAAUAUUUGCUCCAGAGGAUUCCUCCCCCCUCACACACGUACACAUGUUGAAAUGACAAAUUUUCUACUAUGCAGAGCUGGAUGACUCGUUGGGUGUACUGUCUAUCACCUUUGACACUUUGAUGAAGGCUAAAUAAGAAUGGAUUCCUGACCAUGGAAAUACCAUGAAAAUUACCUAUGUUGGGGAGUAAUUGAGUAAAAGUAAUUCAAUUACUUGAAAUGAUUACUUUGUUAGUAAUUUUGGUAUGUAAAUGUUCCGUUCAGCAGAAUAUACUUUUUACUUGUAAUUUACUCCUUAAUAUAAAAUUGCAAUCGUUACUUUGUAGUAAUCAUUACAUUGCUUGUAAUCAUGAAUGUUUUUUUGAUAAACCUAUUUAGUUAUCAUGCAUGUUUUUUUGAAAAACCUAUUUAGUUAUUUUCGUUAGCAAACGACCUCGCUCAUUGCUAGCUAAAUGAGUAGGUAAAAUCAUCCCAAACCUGGCUGAACAAGAGGUCUCCAUCCAAGGUAUAAAAUAAUUUUUGUGGCUCCAGCCCAGCACGCCGAACGAGGAUUAGUUUGUUCAUGAAUGACAGAUCUGUACAUGUACUUCUAAUUGUAAUUUUAUUAAUUCCAUGCUGAAAAUGUUAUUUGUAAUUGUAAUCAAGUACAAUAUUUGACAAGUAUCUGUAAUCGAGAGCAAUUCCUUUUCCUUUAAUGUACUUUUCCCAUCAUUGAAAAUUACCUGGAUCUGUGAGAGGUAAAAUUCUGCUGAACUUGCCCCGAGUAUUAUGUGGAAUGAGAUAAGUAUGUGUCUCGCUCAUGCUAAUUUUUCCAUUGUAUUUAGGGCAGCAAGAACAGUGAACUGUGCAUUGACAAGGCACGAGGCUCAUUGUAACACAUUAUGUAAUUUGUAUUCAGCUAUUCAACAUCAUGGUGACUUGUUAUAGAUUGUCUGGUGCAUAGUUCUGCAUGUUUUUUUGUUUUUUAACUCCAAUUUUGAUGGUUCUGUGAAAGAAAAUAGUAUGUAUUGUGAAAAAUUGAUAUCAUACAUGAAGUCGAGAGCAUUUAUAAUGUAAGAUAGGCCAACACACAUUUUCUUGCCAAACAAUUUAAAGCCAUUUUAGGGUAUGUUUGAUGCACAGGUUCCAAAUAUGGCAUUGGUUUUGAUAGACUGUUUGCCUAGUUCCUCUCUCAUAUUGCCAAGAUUUUCUGGAAAUUUGUCUAAAUGGCUAUUAAGAGACAAUAUAUUAAUGUUCAUAGUUGUACACAAAUUUUGAAAGCUUUAAAGCAAGUCUUACUCCAGUUCUGCACAAUUUGCUGCUUUGAUUGUCCAAAAAGGUCUUGAAAACAAUCACAAAGCUAUGCUAGGCAGAAGAUUCAGUAUCAGUCUUGGAACUGGCAAAAAUUUGAUCAUUUAUCAAUUUUCAAAUUCAGGGUCCAUCAAAUAUGCCAGCUUUUAAUUUUUCCAUGCUCAGUCCAGGGGAGAAUCUGCUAAUGUAUUUGAAGCAAUCCGUAUUCUUGUUUAGUGCUCUCACAAAUUGUUUCAUUAAUACCACCUGUGUAUGCUGAGGAGGGAGAAUGAUCUUUUCUUUGUCAACCAGUUCAAGUUAUUUGCUGCACAUUUGUGAUAUUUUCCAUGGUGGCCAUGUCACUUUUUCCAGUGUUGCUCUUUUGCUUGAUUAUCACACAAUUAGAGAGAACAUGGGUAUCCACUUUAUUAUCCCAGUAAAAUGUUCACCAUUUUGAAAUUACUCAUAUAGACCAUUAAUGGUCAUCAUAGCAAAGGUUUUGUAAGGCCAUUUUGAUAUUAUCAUAUUCUUCUUUAAUUUUUAUUGAGUGACAAAUUGAGAUUGAUGAAUAGCAGAUGCUAUGUCUAGUAAAACACCCUUUAAACUUCGAAUUCAACUGUCGAUGAAAAGUUGCCAGUCUUUGGGUCAAUAUUCUGAAACACCCAUUUUAACAAGUACUAUAGGAAUGUUAGAACAGUACAUGAAGUCUCCAUUUUCACUGAAAUAUGGUAGUUUUGCCUCUUGUCCUGUAAAUUGUUAUUUUUGCUUCUGGUGACAUUUCUUUUCUUUUAGACUGGAUGCUAAAAGACCAGCUGCUUAUCUUUGCAAUAUUUUGGUAAACGUAUUAAAUAAAUGAUAUCUUGGGAGAAUUGCUCUUUUUUAGCAACACUUCCAUUCUAUUCACUACCACUGCUAACACCUGAAUCACACCUCAGAAUCUGUAUAUCAUUAUCAGGCACAGGUAUUCCAGGAAACGUGGUGAACACUGGUAUGGGAACAUCAGAUCGCCAAAUUAUGGUAAUCUCAGUUCUUUUUGUUGUAACAAUGAAACCCUUUGAUGUUUACAGCCCAAAAGUAACAAUAUUCAUGACGAUUCUUGGGCUUUCGUUUUCAUUGGUACACCGAUGAUUUUAACUCUUCAGUUUUCCAGUUUUGCACUGACACGAAUUUUGCAUACCAUAUGGGGAGCCCAUGACUUAUCUUGAUCACCCAAUUUUAUUUUAAAAUGUGCUUAAUUUGUUGUUUUUUGCUGUACAGUUUGUAAUAUUUAUCUACUUUUAUUGCGGAUUUUCCCCACAAAUAUAGCAAAAUAUAUUAGGGUUGUUCAAACAUCUUCCUGAAGACCUCGUUUUGUAACAAGAGAAGAGGAGAUUAAUAAGAUGAAGAUCAAUUAAAGCAUCCUGAAAAUUAUGUGAUAUCCAAUGUGUAAAAUGAAAAACAACAGUGUUUACGUAUAGUUAAAUAUUUGCAUUAAGUGCUGUGAGUUUUGUGAUAGCAUAAUUCAUUACAACAUUUGUAGCAUUAAAACUAGAGUCAAUUCAAUGAAACCAUGACAUAUUUAGAUUCAGCAUUCCAGAUUUACUGUGAAUUCAAAGCAAAAUCCUGGCAAGUGGACAUUCUUU